AUGGCGCGUCCUGUGGCAGGGGAUGAUGGAGGAAAUUUGAAGGGCGCGGAGUCGCGGAGAAGCAAGCGCUUCUUUGCGGCCGCGAAGGCUUUGGGGGAUGCCGAGGCUGCCGCGUCGUCCGAUGGGGAGGAUGCAGCGAAGACGAAACGCAUGAAAGUGAGAAUCCAGAGGGGCGUCCGCGCGGCUGCGCCCGAGUCGGGAGCUGUACAUACACCCGAGGAGACCAAGCGGCGGCCAAAACCGAGUUCCUCCGCAGGUUCCGCGGCGGCUGCGUCGUUGAUCCCUGACGAAGUUCGGGAACUGGAGAGCAUGCUGUUUGGCGCCAAGGCGCGUCCCGCGGAGGCGUCUCGUCCGGCGAAAUUACGGAAAAAGCAAAAGACCGCCGCCCGCGCCGCGGCCGAAGAAGAGGAGGCAGACUCUCGCGCUGCCGGCCGCGCCGGAGACAAUACGCGGCCCCUGAAGAAGCGCCGUGGAGAGGCGAGCGCCGCGGAUGGCGAGGGCGCUUCUGGGGCGUCGCCCAGCACGGGGAGGGAGGAGCGAGAGGCAGGGGACGAGUCCUGCGAAGGCGCGAGUGACGACGAGCGCGAAGCGGGUGCAGCUCGGCCUCACACUCGCGCCCGCGCGUGGACCGAUCCAGACGACAGUCGCGUCUCGGUGAAUCUGCGAGUGAACCCAAAGCUGCGCAAGCUGCGCGACACCGAGAAGGACGAAACCGUGGACGGAGAGAACUACCAGGCGCGCCUCGCCCGGCUGCACAAGAAGCUCGUUCAGAGUCGCUCCAGCGUCAGCUGGGUGGAAAAGGCCCGACAGCGGAAACGCAAGGCUGAGGAGAAAGGGGCCUUCGACGCCGACCAAGCCGCGGGCUCCGAUGCCAGCGACGCGGAAGCGACGGGAAUUGCAGCGCAGCUGACGACAAAGACUGGGCAGAGUAUCGCGGGCAUUCAGAGCAGUUCUUCGGUGCUUUCCUCGAAAGGCCUCGCACGGCGUCUCGCGCGCCAGGAGAAGAAGGCAGGCACGCUGCUCGCUGACGGGAGAGAGGGAGAACGCAGCCUGAUCGCGCCGCGAAAAAUCAUCAUCCACCGACUCGAAAACGCCAACAAAGCGGAACCCAGCGGAAGCACGAUUGCUGCGCUCGAGUUCCACCCCCGCAGCUCCCUGCUGAUGACUGCCGGCCGCGAUCAAACUCUGCGCCUCUUCUCCGUUGAUGGAAAGGAGAACAAGAAAGUUGAGUCGAUUUUCUUCCGCGAUUUCCCGAUUCUCGCCGCGCGGUUCACGCGCCACAACCACGGAGGCCAGGUCCUCGCCAUUAGCAACGCGAAUCGCUCACUCGCAGAGUACGACCUCGAAACAGGGAAAGUCGAGAAGAUCCCAGGCAUCGCAGGCCGGCAGCAAGAACGCUGUUUUCACUUCCUGGAGAUGGGAGGCGGGCGAGGUGCCGACGACGCAAGCAGCUUCCUUGUCACGCACACCACCUUCGCCGUGGCCUCUGCGGCCUCUCAGGAUGUGCUGCUCUGCGACGCACGAUCGAAGCGACUUCUCAACGUGUUUUCGAUGAACGCAAACGUUGCGGCCAUUGCGUACCACCCAACGAAGGCGUCAAUCUUCACCGCAGACAGAGACGCCUUUAUUUAUGAGUGGGACCUCCGCGCUGGCGACUGCGUUCAGAAGUUUCAAGACACGUCCUGCCUGCGCCUGACCUCAUUGGCGGCCUCGCCGUGUGCAAGUCUGUCCUCCACCUAUCAGCCGUCUUCUGUCUUGGCUACCGGAUCGAAAACCGGCUACAUCAACCUCUUUUCUCUCUCCGCUGCUGACUCCAUUUCCAGUCAACCCGUCAAGGAGCUCGGGAAUCUGACUACUGGCGUCAGCACCCUCGCCUUCCAUUCCUCCAACCAGUUGCUCUGCGUGGCGUCGAGGUGGAAGAAGGACGCUUUGCGGCUCGUUCACUUACCCUCUCACACUGUUUACCAGAACUGGCCGACGGAAAAGACGCCGCUGCGCUAUGUGACAGCCGCUGAUUUCAGCUGCAGCGGUGGUCUGUUGGCUAUCGGCAACGAUCGCGGACACGCAUUGCUCUACCAGAUCAGGCAUUUCCUGUGA